AUACAAUAAUUUAAAGACCAAAUUAGGGAUUUCUUUAGUUUAAGGACCAAAUUAGGGAUUUAACCUAACAAAAAAGACAACUUUAACCAAGAAGGCAAGCCUGAGCUACUCUGUUUUUCUUCAGGAAGAUGAACAGAGCGUUGACCGGUGACGGAUCAAUUCAAGAAUCCGAUUAUGAUCGGAAAUACGAGCUGAAGGUGUUCGACGAAUCAAAAGCCGGCGUUAAGGGGCUUUUAGAUUCAGGGUUGGAAAAAAUCCCAAAGAUAUUCGUCAAUGAGCAUCGCAAGGUUGAGAAGAAUUCUGCCCCUGCUGCAGCUGAAUCCUUUGAGAUUCCGAUCAUCGACUUAAAGGGCAUUGCGGAAGAUCAAAGCUUGCGCCGUGAGGUCAUCGGAAAAGUUCGGGAUGCAAGCGAGAACUGGGGUUUCUUCCAGGUGGUCAAUCAUGGAAUUCCGGUGAGCACUCUGGAUGGGAUGAUUGAUGGUAUUCGGAGAUUUCAUGAACAAGAUGCUGAACUGCAUCACAAAAGAAAACAAUUAGAAAUGGAGUGCAAGUAUGACAGGGAAAGUGAGUUGAAGGCUUUUGAUGACUCAAAAACUGGUGCCAAAGGCCUUGUAGAUGUUGCAGUGUCAAAAAUCCCACAGAUUUUCAUUGAUAAGUGUUGAUGACCACUUAAAAUUUAAAAAAACAUUACAUUAUGU